AUGCCACCACCAUUUCAGUUCCGUGGCAAUGACAGGCGGUCACAGAAUCACCACCCCAAGCCUGAGUUCACCUUUCGCUAUUCGCGACCCCCAACAUCCGAGCGUCCGCUCCUCAGAUCGAGAAGAGAAACUACGCCAGAUCUGUUGGUCGCCCCGGAAAAUGGUGAUGAUAAACCAGCGCUGAAACUGCACAACGAAAUUUUGUCCUUUUAUUAUUGGGUGAAACCAGUGGAGUACGAACAGAUCGUCCGAGCGGACUUGAUUGAGCGACUCCAGACUGCAUUUCAAAGCAGAUAUUAUGGUGUGCAGCUUCGUGCAUUUGGUUCGUUCGCCUCAGGGCUGUACCUUCCAACUGCCGAUAUAGAUCUAGUUCUACUCUCAUCCAACUUCAUGCGUCAUGGUAUCAAAACUUUCGGUGAACGAAAGGGCCAGAUUUACGCCUUCUCUGCAUUCCUCAGGAAUUUAGAUAUUGCCGUACCCGGUUCAAUAGAGACGAUCGCGCAUGCUCGGGUUCCCAUCCUGAAGUUUGUGGAUAAAAUGACUGGCUUGAGAGUGGACCUGUCGUUCGACAAUGAUAGCGGACUAGUCGCCAACAACACUUUCCAGCAAUGGAAGUCUGAAUAUCCUGCCAUGCCCGUUAUUGUUUCGGUGAUUAAACAGUUUUUGUUGCUUCGAGGGCUGAACGAGGUCCCUUGUGGCGGCUUGGGAGGAUUCUCUAUCACCUGUCUGGUGACAAGCCUUCUACAGCACCUUCCACACGGUUCUAUGUCGCAAAAUUUAGGCAGUAUUCUCAUGGAUUUCUUUGAAUUUUAUGGUCAUGAAUUUGACUACGAAACCGUUGGUAUACGGAUGGAGCCACCAGGCUAUUUCAACAAGGAUGCCCGCCUCUCGAUCGAAGAUCCAAAUAACGCCGACAACGAUGUAUCCGGAGGAACUCGCGAAAUUGCUUUGAUUUUCAAAUCAUUCAGGGAUGCAUAUCGCCUUUUGAAAGAGCGCAUGGUCUAUACGGCCAUGGCAGGAGACCAAAACAACAGCAUUUUGGAAUCCAUCAUCGCAGCAAACUAUGAUGAAUACACCGAGCAAAGGUGGCAGCUACGCCAAAUCUUCCAGACACAUCCCAGAUUCGCUCGUCAUGACGACGAAAAGUCCCUCCAAACCUCGUUUCUUGCGUAA